AAAUAAAACUUAAACAUAAAAACAUAACCUUACAACAUUAAAAAAGAAAAUAUCAAAUUUUUCAAUUAUGUUAGGUGUUAGAGUGAAUAUUUUUAUAGAUAAUAGUCUUGGAGAACCCGAACAAGACGCAAAUUCCGCAUUAACGGAAUUAGAUAAAGGAUUGAGAUCAGGAAAAGUCGGGGAACAAUGCGAGGCAAUCGUUCGAUUUCCGCGUCUUUUCGAAAAAUAUCCAUUUCCGAUUCUAAUUAACGCGUCUUUAUUAAAAUUAGCCGACGUUUUUCGUGUAGGAAAUAAUUUUUUACGAAUGUGCGUAUUGCGAGUAUGCCAGCAAAGUGAGAAGCAUUUAGAUAAAAUUUCGAAUGUUGACGAAUUCGUUAAACGAAUUUUCAGUGUUAUACACAGUAACGAUCCUAUAGCUCGAGCUUUAACUUUGAGAACUUUAGGUGCUGUUGCUGGAAUUAUUCCCGAGAGGCAACAAGUACAUCAUAGCAUAAGAAGCAGCUUAGAUUCACAUGAUAACGUUGAAAUUGAAGCUGCUAUUUGCGCUGCCACACAAUUUGCAGCUCAAUCAAAAACAUUUGCAAUCAGUAUGUGCAACAAAAUUUCAAAUAUGAUUCAAGGCCAAUCAACCCCAGCUAGUAUGAAAUUAGAAUUGAUUCCUAUCCUACAAUACAUGUAUCAUGACACUCAUACAGCAGCGAUGGUUAGAAAACUUGCAACUGAUCUUCUACCAGGUUAUCCCGCCGAAGAUUUUGUCCAAGUUAUUUUAACAACACUCACUAAAUUAGCUGCAACCACUCUCGUUGAUAUUCCAAGUCAAGUUGAACUUUUAUUGGAGUAUUUACACGAAGAUUCUCGAUUUCAAAUCAAAUCUAGUGUUUUGCAACAACUGUAUGAGUUAGCUAAACCAGGGGCUCAUCUUUGGCCCCCAGGGGCUGUUGAUUCAAUCAUUGAUAUGGCUUACACAACGGAAUCGCCAAGAAUAUUAAGACUUUCUUUACGUGUUAUAAAAGUAUUGGUGGAAUCUCCUUUGAUUUGUGCUCAACAUCAAGAUCCUGACUCUAAAUUAAGGAAAUUGUGUUUGAAUAUGUCGCUAAGUUCAAGGAUUUGUUUGGCGGUUCAAGCGAUUCAAAUUUUAACACAAAUUUUGUGUUACGGAUUUGUUGAAAAUUCUCAAGUUUCUGGUACAAAUGACGUCAUCCAAGCUUUAGAAUCAUUAAUCUUACUGUUAACUCAAUCUGAAGACAAAAAUCAAUUGGAAUUAAAGUUAACUUUAAAAUGCGCCGUUCGUUUGUGUGAAUACAAAUUGGAUUAUUGCGAAAAAUUUCUUCAACUACUAGGUUCUAGAUUAGGAUCAGUUGAUAGUUCAUUUUCAAUCACAAUUUGUGAAUCUUUAGGAGCUAUAGGUAGUUUACAACCUGAAGCUCUCUUAAUCUUAAUUGAAGACAUCUUAAAACACUUAUCAACACUUUCAAAAGUUAAUAAUCCAACUUCAAAACAAUCCCUAACAAAAGUAAUGUUGUGCACGUUAAUUUUUCAAAGUAUGUGCGGUUAUAAAUGGAGGAUGGAUGUUGAAUUGGCGAUAAAAGAAGUUACGAAUAAUAAUAACAUUAAUUUAUGGGCGAAUUAUCGUAUUGGAAGAGCAGCAAUGCGUUAUGGGCAUCAUAAAGCAGCCUUGUCGAUUUUUGAGGAUUUAACCGAACAGGUUAGUUCGGAACAUUUACAUUUCUGGUUGGUUUGUUUAAAGGAAAUUUGUACUGCUGAAUCGGAAUUAAUACAAAAUAAUCCUGAGGAUUGUGAUGAUGAAGAAAAAACGUUGGUUGAUCGAUUAAGUUUCGCUGUUGUUCAUUAUAAUAAAGCAAUUGCAGCACUAAAGGCGGCCACAACACCAUCAAAUCAUUUACAUUUUCAAGCCGAAUACAUGCGCAUCCGUUCCGAAUUUCUACAAUGUUUAAUUCAAGUAAUUCAUACAUGCAACAUUCUCUGCGUUGUUCCACCCCCAGCGAUUGCUUCAACUUUAGCCCAGACAACGCGAGACGAAUUCAUGCGACACGGUUAUUUAACGAAUCAAAUGCGGAAAUGCGUUAAAGAAUUUCAAAAUUGCAGUGAAAUGUAUUGGGGGUUAUAUCAAACGGCAUUCGAUGCUGAUCCAUCUACAUUAGAAAAUUUACAAAUAUUACAACAAAUGUGUGUUCUUUUCGAACAAUGCGUUGAAAAUAUAUCCAUCAAUACAAGCCUUUCUAAACCGGAAAUUUUAGAUUUUGUUUCAAAAAAUACUCGGUUAGAAUGCAAACAAUUGAUUCAAGGAUGUAAAAUAGCUACGGAAAUUGCGGGUGGGAUUUGUAAAAAAGAUAGUCCUCAAACUAUAACACAUAAGCAUGCAAAUAUAUUGAGAACAAUCGCGAAUGUUCUCUCAAACACAACACUUCCAAUUCCAAGAUUUUUCUUCCAAAUCCUUCAAUCGACAACAAUAAAACUAAGCGUUUCGCCUCAACCUCGCGUUAUGGGCGAAUUUAUUAGUAUCCAAUUCGGAUCUCAAUUAGCCGUUAAAGUUGAAGGAGUUGUCCAACACGCUCAAAAACCAGGAUUAUUUCGUAAAGUAGACGGAGUCGUCGUUAGUAUUUCAACUCAAUUGCAAACGAACACAAAAAAUAAAGACUCAAGCAAUGUUUCUGAUACAAAAGCUAAUUUAGAAACGAUUUCAACGGUUUUACAACAAACUGUUACACCCCACAAAGAUUUUUUUACAGCACAAUUUCUUCUUGCGUUCCCGAAAGGGGGUCAAUAUGUACUUUCUAUAGAGGCUUCCAUAGUGGAUGAAGUAGGAAACGUUUGGAAAACGGGACCUCGAUCGACCUUAACUGUUAAGGUACCAGAAGAAAUUAAAAACACCCCAAUUUCAAUGCCUGGAAUGGCCGGAACUGCUAAUGUUAUAUUGAUGCCUGAAGAUAAUCAUUUUAUUAAACCUGGACAAAAAAAAUAAUGAGUGAAGUACUCUUUUUUAAUUUAUUUUUAAGUAAAUGUAUUAAUUAUUAAAUUAAAACAUAAAAAAGACGUUAAAUGUUUUACAUAGGUAAAAAGACUACCCUAAAAUCCUCGCCAUAUUUUCCAUAAUGAGUGUUUUUAUUCUUAAUGUU